UUUGCCACGUCGGUCUGUGAGCGCUGAGAGAGGCUGGAGCUAAGCCGCCCUCGCUGUUACCCACAGCAGCUGCAGAGUCGCUCACCUUCUCUGCUUCAUGUUGACCUGUUCAGGACCGUGCUGGACAGUAUUCCUCUGCCGUUUCUCGCCUUCACACCCAAGCGAAGAGCAGAGCUGCUGCGGCUCUGUGUGGAACCUCCUCGGAGCGCCUCUGCAUUCCCAGAAACCAGAAACAAAUGUUCGCUCUCGACUCCGCUUUUCUCUUUACCCCGCUUGACUGAUGUCUCUAACUGAUGUCGGCUGGGCUGUGCUGGGUGAGGCCGUGAGGACGUGGUUACUGGGAGCUGCUGGGGUUGUGGUGGUGGUUGACGUGGGAGCUGGACAUGCCCGGGGGCCGCAGGGGUCCGAGUAGACAGCAGCUCAGCCGCUCGGCGCUGCCUUCCCUGCAGACUCUAGUAGGGGGUGGCCUCAGCAACGGCACAGGACCCAGGAGCAGGAGCAGUAACUCAGUGGGCCUGUCAGCCCCACCCCUCACAACCCUGAUCACGCCGGAGCCUGUGCGUCACUCCCGUAUCCCGGAGCUUCCUCUGGACAGCACCCUGUUGUUUGAGUUCUUGCUCUUCCUCUACCUGCUGGUGGCGCUCUUUGUGCAGUACAUUAAUAUCUACAGGACUGUAUGGUGGUAUCCUCACAGCCACCCUGCUGCCUCUACCUCGCUGAACUUCUAUCUGAUGGACUACCACCUGGCUAUCUUCAUCACUGUGAUGCUGGCCAGAAGACUAGUGUGGACCAUCGUUUCAGAGGCCUCUCAGACAAGCCCCUCGUCAUUGGUGCAGUACAUGCUUCUGAUUGUGGCCCGGCUGAGCCUGCUGACCCUUUGUGGUUGGGUUUUGUGCUGGACCCUCGUCAACCUCUUCAAGACUCACUCAGUGCUUAACCUGCUCUUCCUGGGCUACCCGUUCGGUGUAUAUGUGCCGCUGUGCUGCUUCCACCAGGAGGGACGAACACAGCCUGCGAAGACUGAUUGUGGCUUCUCGGAGCAGGAUGGGACAGAUAGCUCUCUGCUUCGACCAAAGGACUUCCUGGCACUUCUGCGCGAGAACCUAAGAGAGCAGUUCUCCAGCCCUACCCACGUACCUGCCCACACCUGCCCCCCUUCACCUGAGCUUAUACGCAGUGAGGUGGAGGAGCUAAAGAGUGACUUUAACCGCCGAAUUAAAGAAGUGCUCUUCAACUCACUCUUCAGCGCCUAUUAUGUAGCUUUCCUGCCACUUUGUUUCGUCCAGAAUACACAGUACUACGACAUGCGCUGGUCCUGCGAGCACUUGAUCAUGGUGUGGAUCAAUGCGUUUGUCAUGCUGAUGAGCCAGCUCCUGCCGCCCAGCUACUGUGACCUGCUGCACCGUUCAGCUGCCCAUCUAGGUCGCUGGCAACGGCUCGAGCAUGGCUCAUACAGCAACGCACCACAGCAUGUGUGGUCUGAGAGCACCAUCUGGCCUCAGGGGGUUCUGGUGCGACACAGCCGCUGUCUCUACAAGGCUGUGGGGCCGUAUAAUGUGGCCUUGCCUUCUGAUGUCUCCCAUGCCAGGUUUUAUUUUCUGUUCCAUAAGCCAUUGCGGAUCCUGAACCUGCUAAUCGGGAUCGAGUCGAGCGUGGUGCUGUACCAGCUGUAUUCUCUGCUGCGCUCCGAGCGCUGGAACCACACGCUGUCGCUGGGCCUCAUCCUCUUCUGCAACUACUACGUGCUCUUUAAGCUGCUGCGGGAUCGUAUUGUGCUGGGCAAAGCCUACUCCUUCCCCCUCAGUGGCAACAGCCUGGGCCUAAAGUCGCAGUGAAGCCCCAGUCAGGAGCUUUGGAGGACCGGAGCGUGCCAGAAAAAGGGGUUAAAGGAAUGACUGUGAACUCCAGCUGUUUAUUUUGAUACGGUUCUAUUUUCAUGCAAUGUUUAUCUAUUUAAGAAAAUAUUUUAUUUUGUAUACUGUUACACGAAUGAACACGGGGCAUUACGUUUUUGCGACGUGAUGUCAUUUCCUCCCUAAUGCGAAAUAAAAAAGGAAAAAACAGUCGCAGAUGGGGAGGAGCGUCGAGGCCUUGUAGCACGCGUCUCACACGACGUCCAAAUUUCCGCCAAAGAUGCUCUUAAAAAGGCAGCCAGUCGAGAAGUCGACCAAUUAAGACGGAGGAAUGAGGAGCGGAUGGAAUCCAGCCCAUUGCCUGUGUAGUGAUUGCUGUAUCAUUUGUUUUCAUUACAUUACUGUAUUCUAUGAUUAUUAUUAUCUGUUUAUAGCCUGAUAUCGGUGCAUUUUAUCAGACUUCAGUUUUUUUUCCAGAAACGUCCUCUUUCAGGUCAGUCGCUGUAGCCUUUUUUUUUUUUUUUUUUUUUUUUUUGGAGCUUAAGCUGAAGCGACUUUGUUUCCUGUUUAUUCAUGCCUAUCUCUGUGCCAAAUCCCAGGAUGCUAUGGGAGCCUUUCUUGGUAAUAAUGUUCAGCGUUCUUGGUGGGUGUGGCCACACAAAUGCUGGGUGGGGCCCAAGGUCUGUCCAGCUUGCAGUAUUUUGACAGAAUGCAAGUUAUUUCAAAAUGCCAUGGCAUUCAGAAUAAACAAAAAUGGUUCAACUUC